AUGGCGAAAGCUCAACGUGGGGACCCCGACUCAUCAUCAGAGGACACAAUAAACGAAAAAAUGGUUGAUCAUGUGGACUCAACUGACGACGAAGCUCCCGAUGAAGUGGCGUUUGAGGAUUCGAAGACUGUUGCAUUGCAGAGCGUGAAAAAUGCUUUGGAAUCGGCCAGAAGAGAAAGGGAAUCGCUGAAGGAGAAGCGAAGGAAAAGACAGUUGCUUUUCCAAGAACAGAAGAAAAGAAGACUCUUGCCAGAAGACUUGCUGGAAGAACUGGAGACAGCACCCACAACGCAACAGGAGCAGCAGCUGCCAUCUGAAAACAAAGAUGAGGAUGAGGAAGAGCCAAUGAAAAAACAGAGGAAGGCCUCAAAAGUUAGGAGCUUACAGGGAAACUACAGUGUAAUGAGGGUGAAAGAUGAUACCAUCGGCAGCUCCCAGCAGCAAGCAGCUAUGGAUUUUAUUCAGUCCCGUUUGUAUGGUAAAGGAAUCCAGAGAAUGACAAAUGCUCAGCUCCUGUCCCUUGAGAAAAAGAGAGGCCCAAACAAAGGUGCUGCUGUACAGUUUGCGAAUAAACAAAUGAGUGCAGAGGACAAUGCAAAAGCACAAAAGUGUAACAAGAGGUGGAUUCGCAAGAAGAAUCUAGUCCCCAGCUGAGGGGCAGAAGAGAAAGAACAACUCCCGUGGGGUUAAAGAACAGUGUGUUCAGGAGACAGCCCCGUGCAGUCAUCUCUCUGAACAUUGCCUGUACUCUCUCUCAUAUGCCAGAGGGCUGUCUUUGGCUCGGAUAGACUGUUGUUUGCACAGGUUCCAAGCGUAGUCACCAGUUAAGGUCAUUGGGGAUUACAAUAAUUACAGGUGACUCGUUUAAGAAUGAUGAUCCGCACGGAGUUGAUGUAAAUGUGUUUUACUUACCUUCCACGUUAUAAAUGUACAUUAAAACU